UUUUGUCCUCUAGGUACUCCCUGCUGCAGGAUGAAUUAGGAAGGCAAGGCCUCUUCCUCUGAACCAUGGAGACAAGGGCAUCUUUCAUCACCACCAUGCAAGAGACCCAGCAUCUCUCCCCAGAGAAGGGUCAGAGCCUGGCCAACGGCAGCAUGGAGCAGUUUGAUUCAGAUGAAGGCUCCAGCAUUGAGGAUGCAGACUUCAACUGGGAUGAGUUCCUGGAGGAAACCGGAGCCAGUGCUGCUCCCCACACUUCCUUCAAACACGUGGAAAUCAGCCUUCAAAGUAGUUUCCAACCAGGGAUGAAAUUAGAAGUGGCCAACAAGAGCAAUCCGGACACAUACUGGGUGGCUACGAUCAUCACAACGUGUGGACAGCUCUUACUGCUUCGUUACUGUGGCUAUGGAGAUGACCGCAGGGCGGAUUUCUGGUGUGACGUGAUGACGGCGGAUCUUCACCCGGUUGGCUGGUGUACACAGAAUAACAAGGUCCUGAUGCCUCCAGAUGCAAUCAAAGAGAAAUACAUGGACUGGACGGAGUUUCUCAUACACGAUUUGACCGGUGCCCGGACUGCGCCUGCGAAUUUACUGGAAGGCCCUCUGCGAGGAAAAAACCCUGUAGACCUCAUUACAGUUGAUUCCUUAAUAGAGCUGCAGGAUUCCCAGAAUCCCUUUCAGUACUGGAUAGUUAGUGUGGUUGAAAAUGUUGGAGGAAGAUUACGCCUUCGCUAUGUGGGAUUGGAGGAGACUGAAUCCUAUGACCAGUGGUUGUUUUACUUGGAUUGCAGACUUCGACCAGUCGGUUGGUGUCAAGAGAAUAAAUACAGAAUGGACCCACCUGCAGAUAUCUAUUCUCUGAAGACUAUAUCUGAGUGGAAAUGCGCUCUGGAAAAAUCCCUUAAUGAUGCAGCAAAUUUUCCUCUUCCAAUGGAAGUAUUUAAGGACCAUGCUGAUUUGAGAAACCACUUCUUCACUGUGGGGAUGAAGCUGGAGGCAGUGAAUAUGAGGGAGCCAUUUCAUAUCUGUCCUGCAUCAGUGACCAAGGUUUUUAACAAUCAUUAUUUACAAGUGACCAUUGAUGACCUGAGAUCUGAACCCAGCAAAAUCUCAAUGCUUUGCCAUGCGGAUUCCUUAGGGAUCUUGCCAAUACAGUGGUGCCUUAAAAACGGAGUCAAUCUCACACCUCCCAAGGGUUACUCUGGCCAGGACUUUGACUGGGCAGACUACCAGAAGCAGUGUGGAGCGGAGGCAGCGCCUCACCUGUGCUUUAGAAACACAUCCUUCAGCCGUGGCUUUACUAAGAACAUGAAGCUGGAGGCAGUGAACCCCAGGAACCCUGCAGAGAUAUGUGUCGCUUCUAUCACCUCAGUUAAAGGACGAUUAAUGUGGCUUCACCUUGAAGGUUUACAGAUGCCCUCACCAGAGUACAUAGUUGAUGUAGAGUCUAUGGACAUUUUCCCCGUUGGCUGGUGUGAAGCGAACGCUUAUAACCUAACUCCACCACACAAAGCUGUUCUGCGAAGGAAAAGAAGAAUCGCAGUUGUGCAACCAGAAAAGCAGUUACCAUCCACAGUGCCUGUUGAGAAAAUACCUCAUGACCUCUGCCCAGUUCCUCAGCCAGACACAACAGGCACCAUCAAUGGGAGAUACUGCUGCCCCCAGCUCUACAUCAACCACCGCUGCUUCUCAGGUCCAUAUUUAAACAAAGGCAGAAUAGCAGAGCUACCUCAGUCUGUCGGGCCUGGCAAGUGCGUGCUGGUCCUCAAAGAGGUUCUCAGCAUGGUGAUCAAUGCAGCUUACAAGCCAGGGAGUGUUUUACGAGAACUGCAGCUAGUGGAAGACCCUCAGUGGAAUUUCCAAGAGGAAACACUUAAAGCAAAAUACAGAGGGAAGACGUACAGGGCGACUGUUAAGAUUGUGCGGACAUCGGAUCAGGUAGCGGAUUUCUGCAGAAGAGUCUGUGCAAAGUUGGAGUGCUGCCCCAACUUGUUCAGUCCUGUGCUGGUGGCUGAAGUCUGCCCAGAGAACUGCUCUAUUCAUACUAAAACCAAGUACACUUAUUAUUAUGGGAAGAGGAAAAAAAUCAUUAAACCACCAAUUGGAGAAAAUAACAACAUGAAAAGUGGAUAUGUCAAGCCAGCCAGACGUAGAAAAAGGCGGAAAUCCAUCUUUGUGCAGAAGAAAAGGAGAUCAUCAGCUGUUGAUUUGAAUGCUGCAGGCUCUGCAGAGGAGAGCGAAGAUGACGAGCCAGACGCAAUGGAGGAUGAGACGGGGAGCGAGGAAACCAGCUCAGAGCUUCGGGAUGACCAGACAGAUACCUCUUCUGCUGAGGUCCCCUCCGCCAGGCCCCGGCGAGCGGUCACCCUGCGCAGCAGCACUGAGUCGGACAGACCUCCUCCUGCGGAGAGAGCCCGACGGAGCCGGAGGCCACAGCCCCACUCCUAUGGCGAGGCGGAGAAGUGUGCACAAGUCAAGGAAGAAAUUAAGCAAGAAGAGGAAGAAAAGCUCAUCCUGGACAGUAACCCAUUGGAGUGGACCGUGACUGAUGUUGUGAGGUUUAUUAAACUGACCGACUGUGCACCCCUUGCCAAAAUAUUUCAGGAGCAGGACAUCGAUGGCCAAGCCCUUCUGUUGCUGACACUGCCCACAGUGCAAGAAUGCAUGGAGCUGAAACUUGGUCCAGCCAUCAAACUGUGUCACCAGAUCGAGCGAGUAAAAGUUGCUUUCUAUGCACAAUACGCCAACUGACUGCACUUCUCCAUUUCUUUCUGUUCUCCUUCUUGUUCCCUCUCUUUUUUAACAUUGCAGCUUGUUCAAGGUUGUUUGUUUUGGUUUUUUUUUUCCCCCCUACCCCUUAUCUUUUCCAAGAACACGUGGAAUUGGAAGCACUGGGAAUUGAAUCUGUAGGGAAGAAAAAAAUAACCCACAACCGAAAACUAACAACAAAUUGAACUAAUUUUUUUGUACUUGUAAAGCACACUGAAAGACUGCUGGCAUUUCUCCUGUGAGCCUCGCCAACCCGUUACGCAGUGGUGAAGGCCAGCACGGAUCAGAUGGUUUGUCAUUCAUUAAAACAAAGCUACCGAUGGCAGACAUUCCCAAGGAGAAGGGAUGGACAUUUCCAGAUGAUGGUGGUUUGUCUAGGCCAAUUUUUGGACAUGAACAUUUCUUUUAGCCAACUCUGACACACUUCUUUCAUAUUGAAAUAUAAGUGAUCAUUUGUAGCAUUACCUGGGGUUUACUGCAAAUUUGAUCUUAGUGAUCAAUGGGCUUUUUUUCUCCCAUCUGUCUUAGAAAAGGAAAAAAGUGUUAUACCAGUCAUACGCUGUUUGUUAUUCUUGAGUGAUUUAUGAAAGAGGACUCAACUGAUGGUCUCUGUAUGGUAUCAGACAAAGCUGCAGCAAACUGACAGGGGUGCAACAAGACCCUGAGCUGCGCUGGCUGGGCACAAUAAGCUGAAUGUCUCUGUGCCCAGAGCUGUACAGUACUGCCUUCUUGUACAGGAGCAUGCAUGAAAGCUUUCCCAGUCAAGCCCAUGCUCUUAAAUCCAAGUCACUUAAAAGACCUGACUUUGAGCCCCGCAGAGUAAAAACAAAAAGGCUAUUCAGAUGUAAUGAUGAGACUGUUGAGUGAAUGCUGGUUUCAUUUGCACCUUCAUGAACGCUAAGUGGGAAUAAAAAAAGCAUCAAUCUUUCCAAGCUGCAUAUACCAUGGUGCUUUAGACCAGCUGAGGAUCUGGCCCAACACAGUCUAUAUACAGCCCCCAGUUUGUCCCAGUGCCACCCUGGCUAGUGAAACUGAGGGCUUGCUUCAUGCCAAGCAGUGUAAGCACCAGAGAGGGUGAAAAAGGGGGUCAGGCACCUCGAGUUUGCCUCAGUUGUGUUUAUAGAAGUAUUUCCCAUUUGAAGGGAUGUAUGACCCCAUUAGUUCCCAUGUGUUGAGCCUGAAUUUGCUGUAACUCAGCAGAGGCUGGCAGCAUCAAAAUGAUGUAAAAUUUUCCCAAAAGCAAGAACUGGGACCAAGUCUGAAUUUUGCUCUAACUUCAAGGUGCAAGUGAAUCCUUCCUUUAAAAACUGAAUUGAAUGGUUCAUGCUGAGUUUUAGCCCAAUUUCAUAGGAAACCACUGACUUUGGCAGACUUUUGUUCUCAAAUCAUAAACAGACCCCUGUUCUCUGGCCUCAGGGAACUGUUUGGAAAUUGUACACAGCUCUGUUAGAAUGCUGUGAUGCCAAAGCCCACUCAGUGAAGACCUCUUCAAAAAGAAAUGUCAUUUCUAGGCCUAAAUCUGAAGCCAUCGCUUAUGGCCAGAUAACCCUCACCCUCAAGCACAUACCAUAUGGUGAUGGAUCAGUAAUUCUGCUGACCACCGUGUGCCCAGAAGAACCUACAGACUAAACAGCACGCUAUGGCUGCUCCUUUCUCCUUCAGCAGUUUCUUCCUUAAAUUCUUUGGAUUAAGGGGAGAAAACCUCAGAAAUAAAUAUUCUGGACUACAUCAGAAUCUGCCAUAGAGCAUGUGUUACGCAAGAAGUACUGACUCUGUUUGCCAUGCAUCACUGGGGAAUUUCUAGUCUGUCUUUCAGUGAGUUUCCUGAUUUGCCACUGAGGAAUGGGAUGGGUGCAACCACUGCAGGCUGGGCCAGAUCCUGCCAACUCCUGAGACUUCACCAGUAAUUUUCUUACAUGGGAGAUCAGCAGGACUGGAUCUUUUCUCAGCUCUUGUCUUGUACUGACGAUCUUGUUGGUCGAGUUUUAAUCAACUGAAGGGAAAAGUAGUCACCUCUGCAUCAAAUGGUUUUCUUUUGUUUCUCAGAAAUCCAGCAAUAGGGUUCUGUAGUGGUGCAGACAUACAAAAACUGUGGUUUUGACUGGAUUUCCUACUGACAGUAGCAGUGGACUGUGACCAUGCAGCUGGUUUGAUAACUACUUUGGAUCCCUCUUAAAGUCCCGUAAAAAUGUUGCUCCUUGUUUCGUGUCUGAAGACAAAAGGAUUGUGCCCAGCAAAAUGAGAGCACAGCUGAGAGAGAGGGAGGGUGCUUCUCCCAGCUCCUCCUUGCUUCAGCCCAGUCCCUCCGGUGGCUUGUAUAACAUCUGUCAGCAGGAGCUAGCUCCCAAAAGACUGCUGUCAGGAGAACUGGCGUAUGAGGACGUUUCGAGGAAGGAAAGCAGAAUGGCUGUUCGCUAAACAGCAUCCCAGCGCUGAUCCUUUGCUUACCACAUCCACCUUCUCCUGAGCAUCCUUUGCUGCUCUGAUGUUCUUGGAGUUUCUGGGAUUUGUCAGAGACAUUUAACACUUCCUGGGACAUGUUGCAAAAACGUCACGGUUUUCUCCAUCAGCCUUGUAACUGUAGAUAAUUCCUACGGCAGCUAAGUACUCACGGAGGCACGGCUGGGGAGCAGACAGCUGCAGUCUCUGAGAGCAACCAGCUCUGAUGUUGGCCAAGCAGGGGAUGGGUGAAGCAUUGAGCCCAGCACAUGGGAGUCCUUACUGAUUGUUCAGGGAAGUUAAAACGUAUUUAAAACUCACCUAUUAAAACAACAACAACAAAAAAGAGUUUUAAUUUUAUCUUGCGCCGGCUCUUUCAUUUUCUCAGGUUUCUAUCUCCUCACCAUUUGUCUUUCAAUUUUUGUCUCAUUUAUCACUCUGUCCUUUCAGAGAGGAUAAUAUCCUAAAAUUACCUUGGGUGGUAAAUGCUUUGUUAUUUCUUCUAGUCUGUAGGUUGGAAAGAAAUAGGGGAUUGGGCUACAGUUAUCUGUUGCACUGAUUGCCUUCCAGAAAAGCUGGAGCUGAACUUCUUAGGCAGUUUCUUAAGAAAGUAGAAAACAGUGUGUAGUUCAACUGGACAGUAUGCCUGGAUUGUCACUUGGAGCUUGAGCAGAGAUCAGAAGGAACUACUUACUCUUGCUUGGACUUUGUUUCAAUUCUGGAACAUUAGUAAGGCUUUGGAGUAAUGCAUCUCAAAGGAGAUGUCAGAAACCUGAUCUUGCUAGGGUGAAACAUUACUUUACUUCGCAAUGCAGAGGCAUAAACCACUGGAAGUUUUUUUUUUUUUUGGUCCAGCCCUGGUUCUGGAUUAAAUUCAGAGAUGGUGCAACAUCAUAGAUACACUGAUGACAUUGGUGAAACCACAUCUUUUCCCCUCCCUGUUCUGUAUUUGGCAUCUAGGCCUGAAGUUUAUUGUGCUACCAGCUACAAAAAUGCCACCUGUGUGAAGUGCUGAGCUCAUGAUUAUCCAAGACCAUAACCAAGAGCUGAGGAGCAACCCUGCUCUUGCUUUUGGGCUUUUGGAUGCUGAAUUCAGCAUAUUCACACAGACCACUUUGCUCUCACAAGAAGGGUGUGCAGGCACCUGCCACUGGCCUCUCUUCAGGCAUAGGACUAAGGAUGGGCAUUUCUGGAGAAAAAAACAGGGGGCUGGAGGGUGUGUGGUACCUGCCCAUCUUCAUCUGUGCUGGCUUCUUUGAGCUUGCAUUCAGGUUGAACAGAUCCAUGGGCAGGUCCCUGCUCCCUUCCCAACCCCCUCAGCGCUUACCUUGGCAGAAUCAACCAAUUCCCAGUCUACAGGCCAAAAGCACGCAUCUCUGAAAUUAGAUUAAAGCGCUAACAUAGGGGAAUGUCCAUGAUUCCCUGGUGGUUGUCCUGCCUUCCUCCUGUUGUCAUGGAUGUUCCUCUCUCACCUUGAGAAAAAAUGCUGUCUGUGGUUUCAGAGCUCUUCUUCCCUUUCCAGCUCAAAACCACAGCUCUCAUCCACACUCUUUUUUUUUUUUUUUUUUUUCCCUCAACACCAUGACAACCAAAACGUGGCUUUUUCUACCUCUCAGAGGCAUUAUGGCCUCUCAGAAGGAUUUCAAGGUCUCCAGCUCCAUGGUGUUAACCAUAUGCAAUAGCCCUUGAUAGUUUGAUCCUACAGGGUGCAGAAAACCUCCUGGAGAUGCCCUAGGAUGCCCUCAGUAACCACUGAAAUCAGGGCAAAUGGUUACACACCCUGUCCUUAGUGAAGCAUCUGGCAGAUGCACGUCCUAGCUGAGAUGGCCUGAUCCACGCUGUCAGAGGUAUUUGACUGUCUGCUAGGAUUUACAAAGAUUCUCAGUAAGUUAGACACCUAAAACCCAUUAAUGUUUCACUCUGGGUAAACAGCUAAUUUGCCUUAAACUGGAAAGUCACCAUUCCUUGGCUUUAACGUUCAACCUUUUGCAGUCCCCAGUCACGCGGUGUGGAACAAACACCAUCUCAGCUUUCUGAAGGCCGGCCAGACACUGUUGGGCUGUCAUAAUCAACUUUUGGUCACCUGAAAAGCCUGCCUUGGGCUUUUCAGGGCACAAAACUGAAUUUGGCAGAGCUGCAGUGCCAUCCCAAAUGUUUUAGAAACUCGGUGCCAUCAGGGCACUUCAAAUACUUUUUUGCUUUUCUGCUGCGGUGUGUCUGGAAAAUGAUGAACUCAGACUGUUCCUCCCAUUUCCAAAUUCAAGUGCCAAAAGAGAAGAACAUGCUGCAACUGAACACCAUUAAAACCAGCUUUAUUAUAUGUGGAUAAAUAAGUCUCAAGGGCUCCAGUUUGGUGCUAAGAUAUGUCAAGCUGUAUUUUCCAUUGCUUGGGAUUACAGAGCUGAUUCCCUGCUCCAGGAAAUACUUUCUGUAACCAGCAACAUCUUAAGCAUUAGGAUUUUCUUUCUUUUUUUUUUUUACUUGUGGCUGUAUAUUUUUUAACUCAGAUGAUACACUCAACAAAUAACCCCUUCCCCAUCAUGUGAGUUUUGGAGAAGUUUUAUACAGUGUGUAUAUAUAUGUAAAAAUUCUUUUGAAAUGUGGGUGCAUGUAUGCUUUUCUCUCAAUAAUACUCUUCAUCACAUCAGCUGACCCAGAAUCAGUUACUCAGAAUUUGAUCCAGAAGUAACCAAGGUUAGUGGAAGGGCCCUCAUGGAUGUGCGGGCUGUGGGACCAGAUCUUCACCACAUCACUUAGAAGACAAAAAGUGUGCAGUUAAUUAACGUAAAAUUUAAACCUCUUCUUCUCCUAGCAGGCAGAAAUCCAGUUGAAAUCUGCCAGGCCUAACAAGUCCUGUGUCCUCAGGUGCUCAUGAGCUCACAGUAAAGAAGCAGAAAUAAUUAAUACUCUUAUUCUUUGGUACAAUACUCCAGCAAGAAGUGCAAAUGAUCUUAAUGGCUGCAUUUAGAAUCCAAGCAAGUCAUCACAAGAUGAGAGUUUUUCAGCCCCGUAGGCCUUUACAUGUCAGCCAUCCUGCAGAAGAAGAGUGGUUUUGCAGUGAUUUUUGUGCCAUGCACUGAAAUUCCCUUGCAGAAGAAGACACGUGAACUGCACAGAACCAACAUGGGUCAUAGUUUCAAAUACUCGUGGCCUUUCUUUUGGUUUAGUCUUUCAUGUUAAUUCUUACCUUGAAAAAAAAUUCAUGUUCCUGAUUUAAAACUCCAGCCUCUGUAAUGGCCCAUGGAACAUCAUGCAAAAUACAUUUUUGCAUUCGAAAUACAUUUUUGUCCGUUGUCACACUACAGAUGAGCGUGGGGAUGUUCUGUUGACAGGCAGUUAGGCCAGGUGAGAUGAGGAGAUCUUGCUUCAACACCUUGUUGAAGGAGCCAUCUGUACAGCCUGAAGGGCAGAUGUUCCCCACAGCUCAGUGGUGAGGGACAGAUGUUUCCAGUGAUGCUAUUGCUGAAUAGGUCAUGUAGCCCGAGUAGCCUUUUGCAGCAGGUCAGUUGCCAUGUGACUACCUACCUACAGAUAUUCUUGGUCUUGAUGACUGCCAAGGAUGUGGGAGAGGGGAGGGAGGCUUUCGGAGAAAGGAGAGAGGUUGGAGUUCUGGGCUUGAAAUAUCUUUGUGGAGAAGGACUUCUCACAACAGGGAAGCACAGCUACAGUCCAUGGGCAUCAUUCCUGAAGGCUUCUCAGUCUUUUUCACAGCAAAGGUGCUUUAAGGGCUAACCUGGGGAUAGGGAGGAAGGAAAAAAAGGCAGCAAAAGGUACCAGUCAGAGCUACCAUGCUGAAAGGUUCAUACGUUGUUUUCCCAGUGGAGAUACAGAGAUUUGGCCCAAGUGGCUCUAGGCUCCUUGGCUGGAUAGUAGGGAAAAAUCACGCUUUCUUCCUCGUACCCAGCUCCUGGCAUCUUCUGGAUUUGGCGACUGAAGAACCUCCUCUUGCACCUUUCAGACCUCCAUAGGAAAUGUCAGGGGCUAAAAUUUGAGCUCAUGCCCAUCGAAAAAGGUGACAUUGCCCUGAGUUCAGGUUGUGGGUCUACAAAACACUCUUGUGUUACGAUGUGACAGGACAAAAACGAUCACUCCCAAGUUACCCCACCUGCCUGUUGCUGCUCCAGUCUCACCGGAGAUAAUGGACAUUAUAUCUGCUUAUAAAUGUGUGCAUUAAAUUCCCCAAUCCCUGUUCUGCCAGACCUGGUCAGGAUGUGCUGACAUGUGCAGUUAUUCCAGCAGCCUUCACCUUGAGGGACCUGCUUGCUAGAAAGCACUCACUUGGGGAACAACGUCAUGGCAGUUUCACGUACACAGGCAGGGAUGUUAAGUACAGCCAGGCAUUUGCUGCACUAUGGUCCCGCAAACGUGGAAGUGUCAAGUGCAGGCUUUGAAGGGAACUGAGUCUUCUUACGUACCGUGGUAGGACAAGGCAAAGACUUAAACCCUCCUGUCUCUUGUGGAACAAGAGAAAUUAGCUCUACAGCCAGCAGUUAUAGUCCAUCCGUGGUGAUGCACAUUGGAAAACUUUUGAAUUGUUUUGCAUUCCGGUUUGUACUGAAGAUUUGAUUCAAACUUUGUGUAUAUAAUCCCUUUGGUGUGUUACAAAUAUAUAUGUGUGUGUGUGUGUGUGUGUGUGUGUAUAUAUAUGUAUAUAUGUGUGUGUGUGUGUGUGUGUGUGUAUGUGUAUAUAUAUACAUAUAAAUCAAUCGAUGCUGGUGUUUUUAAUUUUCACAGGGAAAAGGGCAUGUUUAAGUUUGCUGUAAGAUUCUAUUCUGUAUAUAUGUUUUCAUGUAAAUAAGUGAAAAUCUAUAUUCAGAGUUAUAUUUUAAUUUUUAUUCCAGAUGAAAAAAAUUCCCUUUUUACUUGAAACAAUUGUAAGCCACGUUGUUAAUAAAGUAACAAUAAAUCA